AUGCCUACUACCUCCGGCCUCCUCUACGUGACAAUGCAGCCCAAGGGCUCGCUGCCGGACACCCAGUUCCACGACUGGUACAACACCGAGCAUGGCCCUCUGCGACUGCGUCUGCCCUUCAUCAGCAACGGAUUGCGCUUCCGUGCGACCGACGGCGAGCAGCCCGAGUACGUGGCGCUGUACGAUAUCACCGACAUGGACGAAUUGACCCGCAAGACCUACCUGGACCUGCGAACGGAUCUGAUCAAGACGGAGCGCGAGAAGAAAACCAUGGCGCAGAUUGAUGUUGGUCGCUUGCUGUACGACCUGGUGGAUGAGCGAAGCUCCCCCGAUUACCGCCCACUGGAAGAUCGAGCCGAUACCGAUGCCGAGACCCGCGGAAGCGUUAUGAUUGCCGUAACCACUACCACGCACCCCGACGCCGAGAAGCAGGCGGAGCAUGACCGCUGGUAUCGCGAGGAACACUUCGAGAUGCUCUCCCGCGUGCCUGGCUGGCGUCGUAGCCGUCUGUUCGUUACCGCAGCCAUUGACUCCGCGGCUCCGCGCGAGACCCUGGCUCUCCACGAAUAUGCCCCUGUCAACGGCCUGGGCGGCGAGGCCCACCAGGCUGCUAUGAACACUCCUUGGCGCGAGCGCCUUGUCAAUGAUGUGGUGACCUCUAAGCGUCGCCGGGUUUACCAGUGGUACUACACCUUUGGCCCCGCCCCCCGCGAGCUUUCUUCCCUGGCCGCUUCCGACGUCGUGGGACCCUGGUCCUCGAACGACGGCCGUACUCGCACCUUCCCCUCACCCACACGGCCGGCAGUCGAGUCCUUCGUGACCACCAAGGAUGGCGUUGAGAUCCCGUACCGCUUGGAGGGUAGCACCGACCCUACGGCUCCCGUGGUGGUGCUCAGCAACUCAAUCUUGGUCAACUGGAACAUCUGGGAUCGCUUUGUCGACUCUUUCUUUUCCCGCAAGGAGAAUCAGCGCUACCGUGUCGUGCGAUACCUGACUCGUGGCCGUCGCUCUGCGAGCGGUGAGCAGCCCGUCAAUGUGGAUGUGCUAGCAUCCGACCUGGCUACUCUGCUCGAGGCACUUCGCGUGCCGCCCAAGGCCGCCCGCUUGGUCGGUGUCAGCCUGGGUGGUGUCACUGUUCUUAACACAUCUCUUCUGUUCCCCGAGCGCGUGGGGGCGUUUAUCGCCUGCGACACCAACUCCUCUGCCCCGGAAUCGAACCGCAAGGCUUGGGCUGAUCGCGUCGCGAUCUGUGAGCAGGAGGGCUCCGUGGACCCCAAGACCAAGGAGCCUAUUGUCGGCGAGCAGCUGGCUGAGGUGACUACGCGACGCUGGUUCGUCCCGGAGUCGUACGAGACUCAGCCCGAAGUGCUAGCAACAGUCAAGGAGGCGGUGCGCACCAACAGCCUGAAGGGCUUCGCACACAGUGUCCAGGCUCUCUGUGCCUACGACAUCCGUGACCGCAUGGCCAAUGCCACUGUGCCCGGCUUGUUCGUGGCUGGUGCAAAUGACGGCGUUCUGCCUCAGACCAUGCAAAAGAUGGCGGCCGAUCUGCGUGGUGGUGCUGAGCUGAAAAUCAUCGAUAAAGCGGGCCACUUGCCUAUGGUUGAGCAGCCGGAAGCCUUUGCAGAGGUUGUCACCGAGUUCCUGAGCAAGAUUGAUGGUUGA